AUGACUUCCGCAACGCCCCUGAAGGUGAUUGUGAUAGGCGCAGGAUCUACUGGGCUACUGCUAGCACAGGCCCUGAAACAGAAUGGCAUUGCAUGCACCGUAUACGAGCGAGAGGACCAUAGCACCUACCAGAACCGCGCACGCGAGUGGGGUAUGACCUUGCACUGGGGAGCAGAGUAUCUGUCCAAGUGCAUUCCGCCGGAUAUGGUCGCCCAAAUCGACGAGAACAUCUGCUGUGACCCGUUCUUCAAGGGCAAAAUCUCAUCGCUCCCCAUCUACAAUGGCGCCACGGGCGAGAAGCUCUUUGAAAUGCAGGGCAUGGACCCCAGGCGAGUAUCACGAAAGAAGCUGAGGAAGUUCUUGAGCCAGGGGAUCGACGUACAGUACGGUAAGAGGUUGGCGUCUGUUUCUGUUUCCGGGGAUACCUCGACAGCCGUCUUCGAAGACGGUUCAAGCACAUCUGGGUCUCUCCUGGUGGGGUGCGAUGGAUCCCAUUCGACGGUGCGCAAGUUCCUGGUGGGUGAAGAGUUGGCCAAGGAGGAGUACAUGGACAUCCAGAUGUUCAACGUCAGCUGCACCUUCUCCAAAGAAACAGCAGAAUACCUGCGGUCGAUCCACCCGAUCUUCAAGCACAGUUACCAUCCAGGAGGCUUCACGUGGUGGAACUCGAUCCAGGAUGUCACGGAUCCCGACAAGCCCGACACCUGGCUGUUUCAGAACCUGCUGUCCUGGCCCGGUGCCCCGAGGCCAGAGGACCUUCCGGACCAGGCAUCCCGCCUCAAGUUCUGGCGCGACCAGAUUCCCAAGUACGCUGAGCCGUUCGCCACCAUUGGCAAGGAACUUCCGGACGACCUGGUCUUCCCCACGGACCGGACCGUAGUGUGGAAGCCCGACAUGGACUGGUCGCAGUCGCCGCUGUGGCCGCGGGUCACCAUCGCCGGCGACGCCGCGCACGCGAUCCCGCCGUUCCGCGGCCAGGGACUGAACAACGCGCUGCAGGACGCGGCCAAGCUGAUCGACGAGAUCAGGGAGUGGCGUGCCGGCAACAAGACCUUGGGCGAGGCCAUCGCCGACUACGAGAAGGAGAUGAAGGAGCGCGCCCUGCUGGAGAUGAAGAUCUCGAUCCUCCAGGCUGAGACCGUACACAAUUGGGACAGGCUGAUGGAAGCGCCGUUCAUCAAGCACGGCAUGAACAAGUACAAGGAGGAACAUGGCGCGAAUUAA